CUCUCUUUCACAGCCAAACACACACACACAUUCUCCCAGCCACACACACACACACUCUCUCUCACAGCCACACACACACACACACUCUCUCACAGCCACACACACACACACACAGACACACGUGAUUUGGUGAUGAGUACUAAGCUGUAGUCUGGGAGUGUGUGUGUGUGUGAUUUGGUGAUGGGUUCAGAAGCUUGUCUCUGUGUCAUGUUUCAGUCUGGCCAAUCACAGCGCUGCGUUGUGGUCAGCUGACUGGCUGUGCCGUGGCCAGAGAGAGCAAUCCUUCCUCCGCGUCCUCCUUCCUGUUUGCCCUCAUAUCGCCUUACCGCAGCAUAAAACAUUCAUUACGUUAUUCCACUGUAAAUAGUUUAUUGACAAACAUAAUGAGAAAUGCUAAAUAUUGAGAUUUUACAGAACAUAUCAUGAUGGAUACGAUUGGGGCUGGGGUGUGAGUCUGUUUUCAUAGAAAACUUCUGCUCUCCUCUGCCUCUGAGCACAGCUGUGUAAGAUAACCGUGUGUGUGUGCGUGUGUGUGUGUGUGUGUGUGUGUAUAGCAGUGGGAGCAGGAACACCAAGUGUGUGUGUAUGAAGCAUCCUUUUAUUGUAAUGAUUUUAACUUGUCUUUUAACUUCACCAGCUUCUCUAAAGGGUUACGGUCUCUACUCUAAAUCUGCAGUAUGUACAAUGUGUGUGAAUCAGUUGUAGUGUUUCUCUAAUCUUUAAACACCCUGAGGUACCUGGAAAUACAAGCCUGUAUUGAAACAUUUGCAAGAGAACUGGAUUAGCUCCUCAGAUAUAUUAUAACAAGUGCAACAGCACCACCUGUAGGUGUGUUUGUGCAGAACACCCUGCCUCUGCCCAGGUGUCCCGAUGGGCUGCUCUUGUUUUGGAUGUAAAUCCACUGGACACUCCAUACCAUUUUCUACUGCAUACCAGAGCACACUGCAAGAAGGACUAAACUAUUCCUCUACCCCUGGUGGAUCUGUUUUGCUUCUGUAAAAUCGACUGUUUUUGAUUCUCUUCUCCUGUAUGUCCUUGUGGACGGUAUGAAGGCUGAUUUGGUAGUGUAGGAGGUUUUAUUAAUGACAGUUGUACAUCCCAAUGUGAACGCAGCAGCAGAGUGGGGCAGUGGUGUUGGGAGCAGAGGCCCCAUGACAACCCUGACCAUGACAACCCUGACCAUGACAACCCUGACCACACAACAAAACACAGCACGACACGAGACGACACCACACCACACCACACCACACCACAACACACAAUAGCACAACACAACACAACAGGACAUGACACAGCACCACACCACACCACAACACAACAACACAGCACAACACAAGACAACACAACAAGACAACACAACAACACAACACCACACAACACACUCAGUAGAAUCUGCUAAGAAGGACCGACGAUGUUGUGAUGAUGAUGGUAAUGAUGAUGAUGAUGAUGACGCUACUAAUGGUGAUGAUGAUGAUAGUUUGUGUUGUUUUUUUACCUGUAAGGCUACAUGUGAAAUGUGUUGUUUUGCCAAUAAUUUCAAAUAUCUCCAAAGGAAUGUAUCUCUGGGCUGUCUCCAUGGUUCCAGUGGGUUCUGUGUAGGUUCUGGUUCCGCUACCGCUGGGCCGGGUCCAGCCCACAGUCAGCUGGAGAGCGCGCUCAGUACACAGGCCGACUCAAAGGAGAGCAGGAAGCAGGAGUACCUGCGCAAGAUGGGCUGGAGUCAGGAGCGGAGGGACAGCGUCCAGCGGCAGGACAGCGUCUCCUGCUCACGCGAAAACAAGACGGAGGCCAGGAACAGCAGAGGCCCUGCGGCAGGGGACAGACCCCAGGAGGAGCAGACGGGAGUGGGCUCCUCGCAGAGGAGGCGCAGGGAGGAGAGCCGCGACGCGGAGGCCAAGGGAGACAAAACGAGCGACGGGAAGCCCAGCGAUAGGAGAGACUCCAAGGAGAGCAGCAGCAAGACCAAGGAGAUGAUCUCUAAACUGCAGGAGAAGAAGGAGAAGGAGGAGGCGCGGGAGAGGGAGAGGAAGGAGGACGUGAGGAGGAGGGACGACAGCAAGAUGAAGGGGCUGAUCUCCAAGCUGGAGGAGAAACGAGAGAAGGAGGAGGCGCGGGAGAGGGAGAGGAAGGAGGAGAUCAGGAAACGAGACGAGAGCAAAACCAAGGGGCUGGUGUCCAAGAUGGCGGAGAAACAGAACCAGAGCGAGGUGGACAAGGCAGACGAGAGGAAGAAGCCAGAGCUGAAGGACAAGGCUGAUGCCCAGGCCAAGGGAACGAGGGAUGAGGGAGCAGAAAAAGUGGAGGAGAACGCACGUCCCAACGAGGGAGUGGAGGAGAACACACGUCCCAACGAGGGAGUGAAGCUGGACGAGACGUCCAAACCAGCGCUGGACCAGAAGGAGCCCGUGGGCAACUGUGUGACGGACAAGAAGGUUCCAAAGCCGAAGUCGAAGGAGGAGGAAGAGGAGGAGGAGUCGGCGAGCAUGUUUGACGAGGACCUGCAGAAAGUCCGCAGCAACGACCCAAACAUGACGGAGCUCAACGUCAACAACUCAGAGGUCAUCAAGGCCAAGACGCUGAUCCAGUUUGCCGAGGCGCUCCGCGACAACACACACAUCAAAACGUUCGCCCUCGCCAACUGCCGGGCAGAUGACCAUGUUGCCUACGCCAUCGCCGGAACGCUGCGCGUCAACAAGACCCUGACCAGCAUCAAUCUGGAUUCCAACUUGUUGACCAGCAAGGGCAUCAUGUCUCUGAUCCAGGCGCUGCAGCACAACGCCACGCUGACCGAGCUCCGCUUCCACAACCAGCGGCACAUCUGUGGGGGCAAGUCCGAGAUGGAGAUGACCAAGAUCCUGAAGGACAACACCACGCUGCUCAAGCUGGGCUACCACUUCGAGCUGGCCGGCCCACGCAUGACCAUGACCAACAUCCUGAGCCGCAACAUGGACCGGCAGCGGCAGCGACGCCUGCAGGAGCAGAAGCAGGCGCAGGCCAACGGGGAGCAGAAGGGGGCGCUAGAGGUGCCCAAGGGCAAAGGGGGCUUCCGCUCGCCCAAAGCCUCGCCCAAGCCCUCGCCACAGCCGUCGCCCAUGCCCUCGCCCAAGAUGCCCCCAAGGAAGGGCAGGGGGCCGUCCAUGGGACCGCCAGGGCCUCCCGGGCCGGGGGGCCCACCGCCCCCCCCACCCCCCCCUCCCCCUGCACCCAUGCUGGACGGCGACUUCCUGAAGAACUCUCUGACGCCCGUGUCACAGAGAAAGGUGGAGGAUCGCACAGCGGGGCGGAGCGAUGGCAAGAACUCGCGCGACCAGCUCCUUGCGUCCAUCAGGGGCAGUGACAUGAAGAAGCUCAAGAAGGUGGCUGUACCAAAGCUAUUGCAGUAACCAGGCAGGGCAGCGGCCGGACAGAAAGCAGGACGAGACGCGGACGCGUGUGUGUAGCCAUGGAGACAGAGCAGACAUCUCAUGAGUGCCGGGGAGAAGAGAGGAGAGGAGAGGAGAGGAGAAGAGAAGAGAGGAGGGGAGAGGAGAGGAGAGGAGAAGAGAACUCAAACGUCGUCAGCAGAGACGCCUCCUGGAGGUCUCCACUGCCGCCCCACAGCACCAGCACCAGUACCAGCACCGGGCGCAGGGACACACAGGGACAAACAACCAUCAGAUGCACAGCCUCCACCUGGCCCUCUGUUUACUCUCUCUUUCACACACACACACACACACACUCACACACACACACACUCACACACUCACACACACACACACACACACACACACACACACACAAACACACACUCACUCUCUCUCUCCCUCCCUCUCU